UUACUGUUGCUCUCUCUAACUUACUCCUUCUGUCUCUCGAGAUGGUUUUGAUGCUGUCUUUUUUUCCCUCCGGGGUGUCAACAAAGCUACGCUCCGGUCACCUUGUCGCUAUUCGUCAAUGCUGUUGAUAAAGCAUAGAAGGAAACGCCACCUUCAGAGUGAGUGUGAGGAAAGUGACGUGGAUGAGAGCGAAGUCGAGGCGCAUGAGGUUGUGUGCCUUGAGCAGGGGAACGUUGAAGUUGAUGAAGGUCAGCGGGAGGUGAACACUUAUAGCUCGGAUGAGAAGACCAGCGGGUACAGCGAUGCCAGUGAUAGUGAUAGUGACAGGUAUGACGAACAAUAUCAGCAUGUCGAUAUUCGGUAUGAAGAGCAGCGAGCGAUUUUAGCAAAGUACACCACUGACGAGUUGAGCGGCAAGGGCAAUGUUGAUGCUGCUGAACUGCAAACGCGCCAUGUCGAGGCCAAGAAGAAGCUGUCGUCUUCAUGGAGCGCCAUCAUAGACAAGUACUCGAGAUACGGCUUGGAGUCUCAAGGUGAUACUGUUGAUCUCAUGGAUAUGUCCAUUGUUGAAGACGUGGGCCAUCUAAAGGGCUUGAACACGAGACUUCAAGACGUUUGGGACCCAUAUACCGACGAAGAUGAAGAACAAGGCCAGGCAGACCCUUCCAGGGAUCCCAUCUCGCUGUUGAUGGAAAGAAGCCCUCAAAAGAAGUACAAGAGGUCACCGCAGAGACUUUCUGAGCAGCCCGCCAUGCCAAACACCCAGCUGGAGGUGUCUCCUAGUACCGCUACAUCGCCUCGUGCCUGUAAUCUUGAGCAAGCGGCACAGGGUCAACGACGAUGAUACGAUGUUAUAGAAACGACUACAAUGUUCUCAUACACACUUGGUCACCAAGUGGUGUUAUAUAUUUCUUCUGCGUUGGUUAAUAUAGAUGCUUGUUUACCAUUUUGA